GUGGCUGCUUUGGUCGUUGGUUGAUCAGUUUUUGGUUCGCAGUUUCUCGUUCAUCAUCUGCUCCUCUUGGACACUUUCCAAGGAACUUUGCUGGAAAACGGAAAGUGCGUUGAAGAGGAAGAAUUCGUUUUCUAAAUCAAAAUUGCAUUCACGUAUUGCCUGAAGAAACAAGAUCUUAUCGAAAAUUCGAAGAUGUCGAAUCUGAUGCGUCUGGUAGUAAACAACUACCACGAAAUCUUGGAAACAAACAAAGAAAUCAAUGUAGACUCAUGGGCAAUGAUGGGUUCACCUGGUCCCAUGCUAUGCAUCGUGGGGACGUACUUGGCAUUCGUUUUGAAAGUUGGACCGAAAAUGAUGGAGAAGAGACCAGCCUUCCAAUUAAACUCCCUGUUGAUCAUUUACAAUGCGUUCCUAGUUAUCUUCAGUAUCUGGAUGAGCGCUAUACCGGCAAUCUACCCCGGUUUGAAACGUUUGCUCUUCUCACCAAAAUGCAGUAAUUCGAAUCGAGUUCAUAGAGACACGCAAGUAGAAGCAGCGUUGGCAAAUUUGGCAUGGUGGUAUUUUGUAGCGAAGAUCAUUGAACUUCUAGACACGGUAUUCUUCGUUCUCCGAAAGAAGCAAAACCAAGUCAGUUUUCUUCACGUCUACCAUCACACCAUGACAUCCGUGUUCUCGUGGUGCUACCUGAAAUUCUUACCUGGAGAACAGGGUGCUAUACUCGCUUUCCUAAAUUCUACCGUGCACAUCGUUAUGUACGCGUAUUACCUGAUCGCAGCACUGGGACCAGAGUACCGGAAGUACCUGUGGUGGAAGAAGUACAUGACUGGAAUUCAACUGACGCAAUUCGCCCUUAUGUUUGGCUAUCUGAUGAUGAUCCUCGUGAUGGACUGUAAGCUGCCUAAGGCGCUCACUUACUUCUUCAUUACCAAUGUGGUAAUCUUUAUCUACCUCUUCAGCGAUUUCUACCGAAAGGCUUACAAGAAGAAACAGCUUUAAUAUUCUUCGAUUCAAUAAUUUCCGACUUUCUGAACUUAACAGUCCGUUAAUUAAUAUGGAAGUGACCGACAUCUGCCAAAAGAAGAAACGUAAAAUAUUCAUAUAAAUAUCUACAAACUGGUUAAACUUGCCAAACAAUUUUAUUAAUAGUAAAGUGGUACAUAGAUGGAAACAAUAAGAGAAGCAAAGAAGAGAAGAAGGUAACUUGAAGAACGUGUUACUGAAACGACCUGAUCGUCCCAAUUAGGAAGAGAUCGGGUUUCAACUUCGUGGGAGAUGGUUUCAGUACAUUGGGCACAAAAUCUGGAGACGUAACGGGGUCUUUCAAAAUGUGGGUCAAUAGGUCCAGCGGUAACACGUUGUUUGAAGAGAGACACGUCGAACCAACGGAAAAGGACAGAAAAAGAAGUGUCUUGACCAGACCCAAAUUGCUCGAGGCUGUAGUCACUACAAGAAGUGGGCUACGACCGAAAAAUAAAAAGUAGAAGAAAAGAAGAACCCGGACAUUGCCAUCGGCUUCGAUGGCACUAAUGAACAAUCGACCCAAUCUUUUACAAACGUAAACCUGUUUCAGUGUAAUAUUUAAUUUUUCGGUAGAUUGCGUUUCUUCGACUUAAUAGAAUUAUUUAUAAAUUGUAAAUUAAGAUUCUUACGUCGAUUUGUUCGAAAACUUCAAUACUAAUUCAUAGACAACUCAAUAUGCCCGCGUGGAUAUAAGUUGCUCCAGAGUUAAAUAUUCGAACAAUUCGGAUAACGUUUUGUAGUGUUUUGAACGAAUCGACGAAUUUCAUAAUAAGACACAUGCAUCUGACACGUUCGACGUUGCGUAACUGGGAUUGAAACACUACCGUCGAUCGUGACACUUGUAUUUUUUUGCAGUUAAGAUAUGUAAAUAAACGGAACAGUGUUAUUUAUUGAAGCAUACUUGACUUUGAAGGCUAUUGAUAAUUUAUAAAGACUUAUUUAUUGCAGGGAAAAUAUUUUGUAAUGGUUUCGUAAAUAGCGAUUUAAUUUUUUUUCAUUUCUUUUUUAUUUAUUGUCUAAUCGAGCUCAGUCCCUGAGAUUGGCUCAUUAAUAUUUACAAUAAGUUUCAAUGCUUCAACCAAUUCAGGGUACAACAUUUUACCGUUAUGGAAGAUCAAGGAUUUCGAAAGAUUCGACCUUUCUAAUACAGUUCAGUUCUUGAAAAAUUGACAACUCUAAUUCUACUAUUAUCAUAAAAAUAUCUAAAAUUCCAUAUGAUCUUUCUAUUUACUCGUCUUACUUUAAGUACCUUACAUAUAAUGUAAAACGUAAAACGUCUCCCAUUUUAUCUACACUCUCUUAGAAGAAAUAAAAAAAGAAAACAGCGAUAAUUCGAUGAAAAAGAUGUACAAAAUCGAAGCAAAUCUAUAUAUGUAUAAUCGA